CCCACUCUACCUGUUUGUUUGACGUGGAGCCAAGCUGUUUUCUUCAGGGAGUGGAAAAAGAGCAGAGCCUGCAGCAGGUGGGGGAGUGUAAUAACUGCUGCCAGCCACUUCCUGCUUUCACUACCACCAUUUCUUUCAGCUAAUAGGAGCAAGCAGUUGGAACAGUUAUGGGUGUGUUAACUCUUCAGCUUUUGGUAUGUGGCCAGCUAAUAUUGUAUUUGUUUGUCUUGAAUAAUAUAACCGAUGCACAAAGGAUCAAUGUGUCACCAUCAAGCUCGACAACUACAAUAGCUCCACCUCUGAAUGCAACAGGAAACCACACAGAAAAUAAUGUCUCAAAUUCAUCAAGCUUUUCAGCAUACAAUAAUACAACUCGAAACAACUUGACAAACCAGGCAACCCUGACCACUACUUUGGGACCCAACCAAAGUAAUGUAACAGGAUCAGCAGGGCAGCCAAACACAACAGAUAAUGCUCAGACAACCCAAUCAGCCACAUCCUCAACAUUCAACAUCAGUUCAACAGUUGUCACUUCUUCAGACAACAGCACUCGUAGCAGCAAUGGAAGUGCUACAUCAACCACUACAGCAGUGACCAAAUCCACAGCGAUUACUUCUACUGCUGUAACUCAAAACAGCUCAUCUUCCUUCAAUGAAUCUCAAGCAGAUGGUGGCCUGAAUCAUUCAGAGAAAUCUCUGACCAUUUUAUUCAGCAUUCUGCUUGGUGUAAUAGUUCUGGUAAUUCUGGGACAUUUUGCAUACAAGUUCGGCAGGAGCAAAGAGAGAAGUGUCCAAUACACUCACCGCCGUCUCCAGAAUGAAGAUACAGGUGAGCCGUUUGCACUGCCAGAUGACACGCUGGUCAUUUCAGGAGGACUCUAUGAUGGCCCUCAGAUUUACAACCCCACCAUGACAGUGCAGAAUGAAGAAUUCCAGACAGACGCAUCUGGAUUUCCUUCCAGACCCACUCAGUUCCGCUUGGAGUUUCUGAGAGAGGAUCAAGACAGACCAUUCGACCAUGAGACCUCCACCUUUCAGACAUUUCAUGCACAUGACCAAGAGCCUUAAGAUCUCAGCAACAA